AUGCCAAUAAGCUAUAUGCUAACUGCUGCAGAAUUCUCUGACAUUCAAAAAUACAGCACUAUACAGUACUGCACCAAGUGUUAUCAUAAUGCAGGUCCUUUGCCUUCAAUUUGCCUCCACUACUGUUCCACUAUUCUGUUUCAGUCACAGAAUGUUUGCUGUAUCCAUAGCAACCGAGCUCCUCUUCUUAUGUCACAAUGAGAGCAGGUGAAAUGCACCAUCAUCCGUUCUGUUUGAUCUAACUAUGCUCUAAUAUUAGGACCAAACCAGCUCUUAAUCAGCUGUAUGUGACACCAUGUGCAGUACCACAUACAGUAUGGGAAAUCAGGAAAAGAGUUAUGAUAAAUGGACCCAACCUGGCUGGAGAAUAGAGCAGAAGUAUGCAAACAAAGUUCUAAUUGGCAACUGGGUGGAAGAGAAGUUUCAGUUCACUCGAGAGUGUAAGACAGCCAACAGCACCAACCGUGCAGACUACCAGCCACAGAGGGACCACAGGCCAGACGUCAUCCUCAGACGAGAGGCGCUGCGGAAAGCUGAGGGCCUUCCGGCUAAGCUGCUUCUCUCCCACCACGGCACGCUGCCCUCCCAUUACCUGGUCACCCACUAUGAUGAGAUGUAUGGGCGCCAGGGCACCUCCACCCUGCCUGCCUUGCGCAACUGGCAUCCAGACAGGCUGGCGUGGACGCCAGAGAAGUCUGACCACCCAAGCUUGGCACCUCCAACUAACUUUGGCCUGGUGGAGUCUAGACAGGUCCGUCUGGACCAGCAGCAGUCCCCCCUUCCUGCGCUGAGUGUGUACAGGUCAGCGUACCAGAAUUACCCACUCAGUGCUUUCUGCCAGCCCCGCUUCACCAGUGUUCCACGAGGCCACUCCAGUAAGCUCCAUCCUGCCAAUCGAAUCAACAAGGACAUGGAUCUGAAACAACGGCCCUGCAGACAGGUCCCAGACAACUCAGUCUCCGCCAGCCUCCUCCCUCCCCUGUCUGUUGUGUAGACACAGAGCUCGGGCCCUGAGACGGCGCGCCACACACGCUGUUUCGAUACUCCGUGCUCAAAGUGGUGCUGUUUGAGGAUUUCAUUUUUUAUUAGUCUAAGGCAUGAAAAAUUAAAUGAAGCAGAACAUAUGGGAUAUCCAAAAACGUAGAAAAUUACGUUUUUUGGGGGGGGUGCAUGCAGGAAGGGAAGGAGUGUCCGCAAAACACAUCUGAACAUUUAGGAUAAUCACAUGCUAAUUAUUUUCCUCGCACUUAAUAUUUGCAAUUCGCUGUUUCUCUAUUUGCCGUUCUUAUCUAUUAAUGCUCUGUAUUAUGUCAUGUUUCAUGUUUUGUGUAGACACAGGAAGAGUAGCUGCUGCUUUCGCAACAGCUAAUGGGGAUCCUAAUAAAAUACCAAAAUACCAAAUACCCUAGCCUAGAUGCUUUGGAAAUCAAAGAGAGUGUUGAUGUCAGAGCUGACCUGGGUGUCCAUAUCAGGAGCUAUGAGUGAUGUAAGGCAAACUCUGAGGGGACCUGUCUAACUCCCAUUCCAUUAGGUGUUUAAUUACAGGGAAUCAAAGUGUUUAAUUAGGAGGAAUCAAAGAUGCUUAUAUGUUUGAUGGUCAACCAUCUGUGUCUCUAUUCUCCUGCUGCCUCAGCUAGUGCAGCCCUCUGCCCGCCUCUCCGUUACUCAUUUCAAUACUCAAGCUGAUUUUUCUGUGAGUCAGAAAAUGUGGGUAGAUCAUGUGUUAUCAAUUACUCCUUUGUAUGUUUGGUUAGUCAGACCACAUGAUGGCGCUAUAGCGUCAUGUCACACAAUGGAAUCCAAGACAAGGGUGCCGUGCCACUCUGUUGUUCUUAGUCUAUGAUUGCUCUUUGUGAGACAGCUUGAUUUGAAUGAAACAACUAUUAUACAUUUAAACAUUCAUUCAAACAUGUAUAUUGUUGAUGUAAUUAUGCAACACAUCAAUUAACCGCCACAUCUAUCAUCCUUCAUUGAUUUACUCUGCAGUCAGACACGACACAUCACACAGCAGAGCUCUGUUUGUUAAAUUGUUGAUGACUUAUCAUUGAAAAUCAGUCACUGUCUGGAAGGAAAACAUAUUUAAUUUAAAUCAUGAUUCAACCACAUGACUUAAAUGCCAACACAAUGCUGAACAAACUGCUUUCAGGUUUUUAUUAUUUUUGCAUAUUUCUUUCUUUUGCUGAUUAAUAUUGUACAAAUGUAACGAUAAAUAUUUGUUUAUAAAAUCAAGAGUACUUUCAUCACAGUCAUUCAUUAUGUUGGUGCAUUAAUAACUUCGAAUAUCAACAAUGUUGAAAACAACAGCCGAAGAAAACAGGCGAAUACUAUACUCCAAUCUUAGAAGAGAUUCAAAAGUAGCAUUGACUAUUGUUUAUUGAAGCUCACAUACAGUACAUUAUGCUCUGUCACAACCUUCUACAGCAUGUCAUAUUUACAGACCAACUGUGGAUAAUUGUAUUGAGUCCAGUCCUGUGUGAGUAAUGUUUGUAACCUACGCAGCUGCCACUGUGAUGGAUUAUUAUUAUAUCAACCCAGUACUCCAAAGCAUUAUGGUUGAGUGAAUUAACUUAAGACUUGUUUAUUCAUUAUUUUUACAUUUGCAUGAUUUAGAAGUAACUCGGUAGUGCAAGGGAGGAUGGAAAUGAAAAGAACAAGCAGCUUUCACAAAAACAUGGAGUUUCUAUGGCAGUACACCCUGAAUAAAUCUAAACAAGCAGUAGUCUAAUUACCAUUAAUGGCGUUAAUAUUUUACUUUCAUUGCCUCUGAUUAAGACAGCUGUGCUUCCCAGUAGGACACUCUCAGCUAUGAAAAUAGCCUUGGUGCAUAAAUACAUGAGAUACUCCCUCA